UUCGCGGGACCUCAGAUGCCGUAAUAAACCGUUAUUCUGAGAAACACACGCCGAAACAAAAUGUCCGGCUGUCAAUGGCAACAAACAGAACUAGUUUAAACUGUUGGAUAAUGGUCGAGGAAAAAAGGUUAAACUAACGCCGACUAAUACACGCUGUAGUUUAGUUUAGUGUAGUGUAGUGUAGAAGAAAGAAGAAACCUGGAGACUGAGACGAAAUGGCUCAGAGACAAAUACAGCGCGAGAAAAGAAAACAAAAGAGUUAUGCCAGGAAACAUAUAUUUUCAGACGAGAAGGUACAAGAACUGCGCGAAACGUUCAAGAUGUUUGACAAGAACGGUGACGGCAUGAUUACGUCAGACGAACUCGGAAACGUGAUGAUCUGCCUUGGACAGAGACCUUCUUUACAGGAGAUACGGGGAUUCAUCCGCGCCGUGGAUACAGACAGAAGUGGUACUAUCGACUUCGACGAGUUCGUCAACAUCUUUGCCCGGAAAGUGACGAUGGAUCCCGAGAAGGAGCUACACGAGGUGUUUCGCGCCUUUGACAAGGACAAGGACGGCUUCAUCUCGCCCUCGGACCUCUUCGAGAUGCUCGACAAACUGGGCGAGAAAAUCACAAAGAAAGAAGCAGAAGAAAUGGUCAUCGAAGCGGAUCUAAAUGGAGACGGGAAGGUCGACUAUAUUGAAUUUAAACAGAUUUUGACAAGACGAUGAUGCACAAUAGGACAUCAUAUAAAUACGACAAUGUGGAAGUACAACAACAAAAUCUGCAUUAUAUGGUGCCCGAGUGUCACACUAUAAGUAGAAUGUGCAUCAUGUACUAAAUACCCACCCACCCCCGGCACGUCUUGUUCACAGUGGUUGGAUAUUACGUACGAAAUGAUGCAUUUAGAAAUAUUAUGGGGUAUGUUUUACAAACGAAGAGGGGGUGCGUGAGGCCUAUUAUCCUUGAGUUCGCACCUGGCCAUCACAAUGUUCAACCAUAUUGAUAAACUAUAUCCUCGGUCGAACCUGUUGAUAAAGUUGACCAAAACGACUAGAUAGAAACCGUUAUAUACGGGUCAGUUUUCAUUAAUUACAUGUUCCUGACCCUCUAACACCAUAGAGCAUUUCUGUCUACAACGUAUCGUCUUGCUUGAAAUACUUGUGUUUUCACGUUGAAUACAUAAUAUUACAAAUCCAUCGAGCCCGUCUCAGACCUAAGUAUUAAAAUCAACUAAACAUUUAAAUGAUUUGACGAUGGCUAUGGCUAAACUAUUUCUUCUGUAGCUGACGGUUUCGAAAGUUCUGCUUGUCUGUGGGAAACUAUUUCGUAACACGAUUGGCUUACUUCUGUUGGAUGCCAAUUCCAUUUAACAAAAUGUAUUUUUCAAUAUACGAGGGACAGUGAGAAAAACGUUCGUAGAAUUAGAUAUUAAAGUUUCUCAAAAUUUGUUUCAUUCGACUUUGCCAUCAGUAACACGACUCUUGUUGUUUGUGUGUUUACAUAUUGUUACUUAUCGAUAAUCUACUCCCCUGAAACGGUCACUUGGACCAGACUGGAACCUAGCGCUGUCGUCAAGAGCUCAACGGGAAAAGUAAAAAUGCUGCUGAACUUCACAAGUUGAGAGUUGUUAUCUGUUUCGAAGUCUAUGGUUGAAGGUUGUUAUCUGUUUCGAAGUCUCUGACUGAGGGUUGUUAUCUGUUUCGAAGUCUCUGGUUGAGGGUUGUUAUCUGUUUCCAAGUAUAUGGUUGAGGAUUGUUAUCUGUUUCGAAGUUUAUGAUUGAGGGUUGUUGUCUGUUUCGAAGUCUCUGAUUGAGGGUUGGUAUCUGUUUCGAAGUACACAUGUAUAUGGUUGAGGGUUGUUAUCUGUUUCGAAGUCUAUGUUUCAAAGUUGUUAUCUGAAGGCUGCAACGGGAGGAUGGUUGAUGGACCAGCCAAAACAGUUUAAUUUUGCUGGCAUCAUUAACUUGAAAGAUAAUUGGAGAAAUACAUUGAGGUCAAAGAUGAUUAUAUUAAAACGUAAUGUAUAUACA